AUGACUCGAUCGGAAGGAGGCGGGCGCACGCAGCACUUCUCGCACAUCUUUGCGCGUCUGCAGGAGCUGCAGAACUAUGGCUGGGACACGGACAUUGAGCCCUUCCACUCAUCGUAUGAUAACUGGCAUUUCUUCGGUUACGAGAAGCAAGCGCCCCGGCAGGAUCGCCCUCAGUCAAGAGGAAGGAGCGCCGUAACCUCCCCCACCUCAUUCAAGCUGUCGCAUUCGCCUGACUCCCUGACCCGAAGCCGCCCAACCAUAACACGCACUCACCGCAGUUCGGGCUCCGAUGCAAGCGCCUCUACCGUACAAACACAUCGCACCAACACCACCGCCAAAGGUGUGGCGAGAGAAGGCCGGACCGUCGUAUGCCGUGUCUCGCAGCAGACUCUGCGGCUCGAACGCGAGUUCCAGCUCGCCAAACUCGUCGUCAAGGAGUCGGAUCCAGAGUGCAAGCACUUUGUUCGGCCCAUAGAGUUUGUGAGGCUAUCGACCAAAGCCGGCGAGGAGCAUCUUGUCGCCAGCAUAUUCGAAGCCCCGGGGCCUAACUACCUCAACGACUUGGUCAACUUCGGCCCUAAUUUCUGGAAGGUUGGCAGUCAUGGACAGAGCGGGCAAUCAGAUGCUUCAUUGCCCAACCGUGGAAUACCUCUCCUCACCUUCCUCGACUUUGCCGUCGGAUCAGUCGAGUGUCUGGAAAUAUUGCACCACGGUCACGAAAUUGUCCAUGGAGAAAUUCGGGGCGAUGCCUUCCAUUUCGCUGAGAACGGGACGGUCAAAAUGAUCAAUUUUGGAUCGGGCGCACGAUCUUUCGAGAACGGACUGACAAGCGCUGGUUGGAGUACCCUGUCAAAAGAGACUGGCAUCGAAUUGAAGUUGGCUUUUAUAUCCCCUGAACAGACUGGUAGAAUGCCCGCUGAACCCGACACAAGAACCGACAUCUACAGUCUUGGCAUUCUCUUCUACACGAUGCUCUGCGGGCAGACGCCAUUCGAAGGCGCUACGGCUCUCGAUGUCAUGCAGAACGUCAUCAGCAAGCGAAUUCCUCCAAUUUCUUCCAGACGACUAGACAUCCCAGAGGCUCUGUCAGAGAUCAUCCAACGUAUGACGCAGCGCAAUAUUGAGGAGAGAUACCACUCUACUUCAGGCUUGAAAUUCGAUCUCUUUCGUAUCCGCGAGCUUCUUUACGAUGGAGAUGUAGAAGGAUUGAAGGCCUUCCAUGUAGGCACCAAGGACAUCAGUUGCUUCUUCAACUUGCCCCUCAAACUAAUCGGGCGUGAGAAAGAACGCAAGACCAUAGUGGACGUGAUCGAGCGCGUAGCGAGGCAUCGUCGGAGUAACGUCAAAGCGUUGCAGAGCCUGAGCUCAGGUUCCUCCUUUUCGGAUCGACGAGGAGACCUGCAAUUUGACGACAUCAUUUCCGAAAGCACUAGCUCCAGAGGCUCCGACAGCAGGCUCAACAGCGUUUCGGCAGAUGGCCCUGUAUUCAUGGAAAGCGCUCGGUCGAUGCAACAGGGCUCCCAAGAUAGUGUCGCACAAUCAGAAUCAUCAACGGCUGAAGGAAGUGUGGACAGUCGGCCCCAACUGCAAUCCGCGAGCCGAGGCCGUUCCAACAACAGCAUUGAAAGCACCGGACUCUACUCUCGCAGCCACCAAUCCAACGAUGGCCUAAGAACUCUAGCCAGCACGCGAAAACUAAGGCGCAAGGCGCGAUGUGAGGUGAUAGCCAUCGCCGGUGCCACCGGGCUGGGUAAAUCUCGUCUCGUGCAGAGCGUACAGAGCACAGCAAGGAGCACUGGCUACUUCGCUAUGGCUAAAUUUGAUCCCGCCAAGAAAGCACCAUUUGACCCCAUUCUUCGGCUGAUGUCUUCUUUCUUCCGCCAAAUAUGGUAA